ACGAGUUGUGUUAAUUAAAAUAUAUUGCCAUCAAACGCAACGCCUAUUUACCAAACGAAACAGUCCAUGCCGUGUACGUAGCACGACAGCCACCAAUUCAAGCCACACGCUAUCCAUUCCUAACUUAUUACUUCAUUUCACCAUCAGAAGCGGUAAUAAUUUUUGCAUAAAAACUUUGGUCUAUAUUUGUCACGCCAAAUUUUUCAGCGUGCGGAACUUGAACACUCUGAGACGACUGAAGCUAUUUUUGAUUCGUUAUUUUUGUUUUCUGAAUCUGCACGAGGAACUUAGUUUUAUGAUCAUUUUACGAAAGUUCAUUUCUGAACAUAAAACGAAAUAAUUUUUGCUGAACUCAUGCAUAUUUUCUUGAAAUCACCAGGCAAGCAAGUUGCUACAAGAGUGACACUGUGUAACGCAAUAUGUCACAUAAUGUGACGCGAUGUUUUUGAUGGAGAAUUUUCAUUCACAAAAUAUUAUUAGCAAAGAACAAUUACGUCUAUUAUCAGCUAGUAAGUUCCUCCAAGGAAACUAUGUGUAAAGAGAUUUCUUCAAUGAAGAGUGCAAAUACGGUAAACUGUCUAAAAAGCCCCUUUUCACUUCCAUGACGUCAUGAAACCAAAAAUAGGACCGUGGUAAACAGUGGAUAUAAAAAGGAUCGAACCAGAAAGCUAUCGACUAUUUGCAAUAUCGGAGCUUGUUCACACAAAGCGUGUCGUUUCUUACGAAGGAAAUUUUUGUUUCGCUAGCGAAGGGUACGAACAUGGCUGGAAGAUUUGGCCUUGUGCAAAAACAGAAUGGUUCGAAAGUUCCUUUGGAGAGCAUCAAUAUUAAAGUCGACGUGCAGGGUUUUACAGCUCAUGUGUUGGCGACGAUGAAAUACUCGAACAUGGAGAGCAAUCCCAUUGAAGCAAUUUUUGUUUUUCCACUGGAUGAACAGGCAGCUGUAUGUGGAUUCCAAGCAACAAUCGAUGGUCGAACCAUCGUGGCAGAGGUACAAGAGAAGCAAGAAGCUCGAGAUACCUAUGACGACGCCAUUAGCAGCGGUCACAGCGCGUUUCUGUUGGAAGAGAGUGACGAAAGCUCAGACAUUUUUCAGAUUAGCGUCGGAAACUUGCCACCAGAGAAGGAGGCUGUCGUCGACCUACGGUUCGUGACAGAGCUUGCUGUUGAAGCCGAAGGUCGAGUCGUGUUUGUGCUGCCAACGGUAUUAAAUCCUAGGUACUCUCCACAAGAUACUACUCCAAGUCUGAGCGCACAAUAUCCUCGAGUCGCCGCCGUUUCGUCGCCGUACGGGUUCGAGUUUGAGAUGAAAGUGAAAGCUAUUUCCUCCAUUAGUGAGAUUUCCUCCUCCUCUAACAGUUUGCAGGUUGAGAUAAACGAGAGCGAUGUAACGGAGGCUAAUGUAACCCUUGCAGAAGCACACAAGUUUGACAGAGAUGUGGAAGUACACAUUUUGACGAGCGAGCCGUUCAAACCGCAAGCAAUCGUGGAGAGAGGAGUGAAAAGAGAAGGAACGGAAGACGAGGAAGGAUUUAUGGCAAGUCCUGUCGUCAUGCUAAAUUUUUUCCCAGAGUUCAAAACCUCAGAAUUGUCGGAAAAGGGCGAAUUUGUGUUUGUGGUCGAUCGCAGUGGAAGCAUGAGCGGAAGCAAGGAAAACAGCGCUCGGGAAACACUCCUUCUGUUUCUCAAAAGUCUGCCGGACGGUUGUUAUUUUAAUGUUGUGGGUUUUGGAAGCAGCUACAAGACGCUGUUCAGUAAAAGUCUCCUGUACAAUGACGAGAAUUUGAAGAAAGCUACCGAUCUUGCUGGGAGCAUGAAAGCAGAUCUCAGGGGAACCGAAAUCCUCUCCCCUUUGCAGUGGGUGUUCUCUCAGCCCCUCGUUAAAGGUCACCCAAGACAGCUGUUUCUCUUGACAGACGGUGAAGUUGGAAAUACACAGCAGGUUAUCAGUUUGGUCGAAAAGCACUCCAACAGUGCCAGGUGUUUCACAUUUGGCAUUGGGGCUGGUGCAUCAACUGCUCUUGUUAAAGGAGUUGCCAGAGUAGGAAAGGGGACUGCAGAGUUUGUCACGGCCAAGGAGGACCGACUACAGGCUAAGGUUAUCAAGACAUUAAAGCGAGCCCGACAACCUGUCAUCACAGAUGUGAGCGUAAACUGGAAACUAGACAAAGGUUGGACUGUGCACCAGAUUCCCGCAUCUGUUCCUGCGCUUUUCAGUGGAGACAGGGUUGUGGUUUAUGGCGUUCUGAAGGCGUCUGAAAAUGAAAACUACGGCAGCGGAGUGAAUGAAGUGAGACUUGAAGGUAACGCAGAAAAUGUCGAUCAAGUGUGUCACAUCAUUCAGUUUGCAACCCCCGACGUAGAAGACAGCUGGGACAAUGAUGCAGGAACCGAAGGAAAAGUCCUUCUUCAUCGGCUAGCAGCGAAGAAUUCUAUUCAAGAAAAACAAGAUGACGUCAUUGAAUCAAGUGACAGCGGGCCAAGGACUGAGAAAGCCAAGAGCUACGUUAUCAGCAUCAGUAAGACCGCUAAUGUUGUAUCAAAGUUGACGUCGUUUGUGGCUGUUGACAAAGACAGCCGUGAGCCUGUGUCUGGACCACUUCAAAAGCGAGUACCUUACCUUGCCUCGAUGUCAUUCUUUGGGGGCGGUGGUAUGAAAAGUGCCUCUCGUUUUAAGUGUAAGUCCCAAGGCUUCUUUUUUAACACGGCACAGUGUGCCAACGUCUCGGGAGGUGGAAAUGCAUUCGCAGCUCCUCCUCCUCCUCCUCCUGGAGUGAUGUCUGCCAAUGUUUGGGGAGGCGGAAGUGCAUUAGUGGCCCCCGUUGAAGCAGCGGUCCAUCCGUCUGGCAGUGUCUGGGGAGGUGGAAGUGCAUUCGGAGUUCCUCCUCCUCCUUCUGGACCGAUGUCCACUUCGUCAAAAGGAUUCUUCUCCUCGCUGUUUGGGAGCGCACAUAAGAAAAAAGGCUCCUUUAGUGCUCCCCCAGUUUCCGCUCAUAACAAGAAAGAGAAAGUUGUACACUCUUCCUUGUCAGUUAUCUCAUUACAGAAAGCGUCAGGGUCGUGGGACCUCACAGACCAGCUGGUGUCCCUGUGCGAUGCAAGUAGAGAUGAUUUGAUCAAAAUAUGUCCAAAAGAGAUUGCAGCCGACACAGCCGAAGGAGAGCUGUUGUGGGCCACCGCCCUGGCUCUGAUACUGCUGAUGGGAAAAUACGCGGAUCAGAAAGAUGAAUGGGAAAUGAUUGCUGAAAAAGGCACAAAAUGGCUGAAAAAGAAUCUUCCGGGGAGUUUAACCCUGGAUCAAGUGCUUGAGAGUGCAGCAACUGUAGUAGGAGUUCGGCUUAAAACUGGACUGUGACUGGCCAAAUAUUCCAAUUACUUUAAAUCUUUCUACAGUUAUCUCAGUGUCCCUUGCACAAGUUUGAUGUAAAACUUUAACUCAAUAACUACUAAGGACGCAAACCUUAAGCCGCCCGUCAGACCGAGUGUACGCAGGUGCUGAUUCAUAUGUAAUCAGAACAAGGAAAAAAAAUAGAUUUUGUUCAAUCUGACCAGACAAUUAGGAUUGAUAAUUAAAUUUUCCUUGUUCGUUGAUUGGUCCGACCGAUCUAUUUCAGAUCAGUGGUUACAUUCCCAGUUAAAGUAGUGUUUUAGUAUGAGACCAACCAAUGUUCACAGUCUUAACUCGUUAAUUUACAUGACUUUUUUUACCAACUUGCUCUAAAAUCAUUUAAAGUAAAAAGAGAAACAUCGGUGUUACACUUGUUCGUUGAACAACAAACAUAUGAAAUACAUAUAUAUGAACUGCGGUUAUGAAACGUAUAUGUGCACGAUCCUUCGCAG